AUGUACUUUCUCUUAUUCAUUCUCCUCAUCUCUAUACUCGCAGCCUAUGCCACAAGGGCACACUGGGUACCAAAGAUCGGCGAGCUGCGGGAACGAUUCCACUACACCCGUCUCCCCUUCUUCCGGUCCGAAGACGACAGCUCCUUUGCACAAAACAUCGAAGAAGGACUCACCUCCUCCACCUUUGACAUCCACCAGAACCUCUUGGGGGGCGAUGAGAGACACGGACUGGAGAACACGGAAGAGAUUCGCAAGCUCAUGAAGAAGUACAAGUGCAACUUUGACCAGGCACGUCUGAUUCAGCAGCAGAACAAGAUGAAGGCGAAUGGAAUUGACCCCCGAACAGGAGUUCCCAUCGACCCCAAGGCUGUCUACUUUAGUUAA